AAGAAACAAUAGCUAGAAUUGAUGGCUGGCGUAAGGUCUUUGAAUUUUUCUCCAGUUCAGAGAAGACGGGAAAAGGUGUUUCGUUAGACAACGGCUGAAUCUUCACGGGAAAUGAUGACGUUGUCUCUACGACUUUUGUUUGCCGUCUGGCUGUCAGUUGUAAGCGGAAGUAACAACAACAACAACAAACAGCCAAACAUCGUCUUUAUAUUGGCAGACGACUAUGGCUUCAAUGACAUCGGUUACCACGGAUCACAGAUUUCCACCCCAAAUCUUGAUCAGCUGGCGUCUGAUGGAGUGAAGUUGGAGAACUAUUAUGUCCAGCCCAUUUGUUCACCCACUCGUGGUCAGCUGAUGAGUGGCAGGUAUCAGGUAAACUUCUAUUUUGGAAAAUUUUCUUUUUGUUAUUUUUUUUUUUGUUCUCGUAGUUGUUGUCGAGAUGAGCUGCUUCCGCCUAAGGGGCUUCGUAAAACAAUUUUUCACGGCUCUGUGCAGGGAGGACGAAGGAGGGACAGACUCAGACAGAAGAAGAGAUGGGAGGAUGACGUCGGAGAAUGGACAGCUAUGAAGUUGCGGAACACACUGAGGAAAGCAGAAAGCCGAGAGGAGUGGAAGAGAUAUGUUGUCAUCUGCUAUCUGACGGGCAGCGAGAACUACACCGACCACAUGCGUGCCUUCACCCCUAGCGGGAAGUAUUAUCUGGACCUCCGUGACAACAACGGACCUGUCCAUAACGAGAGUGGACACUACUCUGCUCAUCUCUUUACAGAGAAGGCGAUUGAUGUGGUGCAGGCUCAUGAUCAUAGUAAAGCAAGCAAUGUCCCACUUUCUUCCUCCUCAGGUAUGGUGUCUGCCUUGGACGAAGGUGUGGGGAAUUUCACUCAGGCGCUCAAGGACAAGGGUCUCUGGGACAACACCAUUCUCGUUUUUUCUACUGACAACGGUGGUGAAACGUAUUCUGGUGGCAACAACUUCCCUCUCCGGGGCAGGAAGUUCACUCUGUGGGAGGGCGGAUUGCACGGUGUGGGCUUUGUCACCGGUGGGAGGCUGCCGGUUAAAGGAUUGGUCAGCAAUGAGCUGAUCCACGUCUCUGAUUGGUUCCCGACUCUGGUGGGCCUGGCCCAGGGCUCUCUCAACGGAACAAAGCCUUUGGACGGAUUUGACAUGUGGGACACCAUCAGCCGCGGGACGCCCAGUGAGCGCACCGUCUUACUUCACAACAUUGACCCUCUUUUCCCAAAACGGGGAGUGCCUUUGUACAACGACACGUUCGACACCAGCGUGCGGGCGGCUGUGCGGGUGGGCGACAUGAAGCUCAUUACUGGAGACCCAGGCAAAGGGAAAUGGAUACCUCCCCCUGGACAGAAGCCAGAACGUGAUCCCGAUGGACAUAAUAGUGAUAAGAACGUGUGGUUGUUCAACAUCACAGCUGACCCGACCGAGCACCAUGACUUGUCAGGCCAGAUGCCAGAAACGGUUCGGACGCUCCUUGGAUAUCUGGAACGGUUUAACGAGACAGCUGUGCCAGCACAUUUCCCGCACUUUGACAUGAUGAGCAACCCGGCCAAGAACGGCGGAAUCUGGGGGCCGUGGAAGUAGUCUUCCUUUGGUCUUUUCUUUGUUUUGUUGUUUUGGGAUAUAAUUGAAUAUUCUUACUUUUUAAUUUGUCCUUUUUGUUGUCUAUUCUUUUUUAAUUUUUAUGUGAUAAAGUUUGUUUUGCAGCAAAGCCUUCUGGGCUGUGUGCAUUAAUGUGUCUUACUUAUUAUAGUGCGGUCAAAAAUUCGUGACGCAACUUAGUGUCAAAUAUUUCCGUGACUAUAGAACAGGGAUACUCUCCAGCUUUUGCACAAUGACUUGUAUCAAUUUGCCUAAUCAAAUCAAUCUUUUCGUAACCCCCGUUAGCUGUAUUCGAGAAAAUUCAUUUAUAAAUACAGAUUUUAGAAAAUCCAAGUCGGUGGUUUCUACAGAUUAAAAAAAAAAAAAUUAAAACUGGGGCAAUAAUCGCUAAUAAAAGCAAGUCCGACAUUUUUUUGGAAAUGUAACAUUAUGCUAAUUGAACGUAUGAUUGGAGAAUUUUAAGUGCAAAAAAUUUGUUCUCUAUAAAAUUAAUUUCUUGUCACAAGUUUUGCCAAACAAAAGGUGUCAUUGGUAAGCUGUGACGUAGGCCAUAUGCGUAUACAAAAAGUAUGUGAAAAGUAAGAAGUUCUGUGAACAAUUCUAUUUUCAGCGUGACGGAGAUUUAUAGGAUUUUAUAUAAAUUUAUAAAGAAUUUUUAAAAAAUCUUUCCUCAAUUGUUGUGGGAAAACAUUGAGUUACGACAAACUGAUUCAAACUGCUGUACAAAGUAUGGGAGGCAUUGAUUCUCCCGUUUACGAGACGUUUGAGGAUUAGUUGCGUCACGAAUUUUUGACCGCACAAUACUACUUGGAAGUGGGAGUUGCAGGACCGCUCAGCAUACAAGUUCUAAAACAGAAUGUCGAUUCACUUUCUCACAUUUUAUACGUUCCCUGGAGUUAUUGUUUCCCACAAUGUGCCUGAUCUACAACAGGGAACUGCAGCUUUUUCUUUCCUGAUCCUUACUAUUGUCAUUUUCCUCUUCU